AUGACAGCCGCGGUCCAGUCUGGAUCUUUCGAGUGGAAGGAAUUGUCCCCUGGAUAUUGGGAGAGAAAUAUCGAUGAAUGGGAGAGAUUCUAUAUUCGUUCUGCUAAGACAGAGAGUGGCUGCUAUCCUGUCACCGGCUUCGCAUCUUUUAGUGUCGACUCCAACAUCCCCGAUAAUGAACGUGUUGAAUCUGCUUUACGAAAGGCUUGGGUUUGUCUUCGUCACCGGCAUCCUAGUCUGGCUUCACGGGUUGCUCACGAUGAAACUGGCCCUGUGAAAAGAACUUACUCGGCACUGGAGGGUGCGGAUCAAGACAGCUGGCUGCAGUCUACUUUCCAAACAUAUGAUACAGACAAAUAUCCACUUGCUUGGUUUAAUGAUGAUGCACCUGAUUUCGAACAGGCGAGUGUUUUCCUCGUCCGCACGCCACACGGUACGGCUGUAUUCCUGCGCGGUCCGCACGAUAUCACAGAUGGGAUUGGCAUUCUCCUCUUACUUCACCAAUUGUUCGAUUUAGCCAGCAAGGCAUACCAAGAAGGCAAAGAGUUUACAAUGCCAGUAUGGGGCAAUGAGGCUAUCAGACUCGCUCCGUGCCUAAGAGUAGCUGCUAAAAUCCCCGAGGUCCUGUCAGAGGCUGAAACGAAAUGGUUUGCGGCCGUUCAAGCUGAGAAUAGAAGGGCUUAUUCCCACCCAAGUCUGUUGUGCAUUCCUGCCAGUCGAAUACCCAUGCCUUCAACACCGUCAAGGACAAACUGUGUUUCGUUCCUCAUUCCACGUAAUAUCACGAAGCAGAUUCUCGGUCUUUGCAAGUCCAUUUCGCCUGGAGUUAGCGUUACGCAUGUUUUCACUGCUGCGCUUGCUUUGACGCUGGCUGAACUUCAAAAUAAGAAGGAGGAGGAAUAUCCUGUUCGUUAUGUCAGUCAUAGCAUUAUCAACCUGCGACCUUAUUGUGACGAGCCGUACAAUAGCGCAGAUAAUGCUGCUGCAUCAUGCCAUACUAUUUCGGCGCAGACUAUACAAAUCGAUCUCGUUGUCCCCAGUGUUUCAGACAGGAAGCUGGAUACGGGCAAGGAUUUGCGCCAGAUCACACUUGACCUAAAAAGCUUUUACGAGGCCACCCGUCCGACUUGUUCUUAUACAUCCAGGGUUCAUGAACAGAUCGCCGUGGCUCCUGCUGUCAUUAAACCGUUCACACCUGCUGUCGGAUUCAAUCCGCAUGCUGUGACAUCUACAUCUCCCUUCUGCGCUGUACCGCUUUCUUCAAUUGGUGAUAUCUCGACUGUAGUUGCGGCCAAGCAGGGACCGUUCGAGUUGACACGUGUGGUUUGUCUGUCAGAGGCUAUUGGGCCUGGAUUGGCGUGUUUUAUGGGAAGUUGGGGUGGAGAGUUGGAGCUUUGUGCUGUUUUUGAUAGUCGAUAUCAUGAUCCAGCUUAUAUUGAGAGUUUUUUGAGGACGAUAGUCGAUAAGGUUUGUACAGGAUUGGGGAUUGAUAUUCCUUCUGUGAGCCCAAUUUAA